AUGCGAGAUCAUUAUUUUGGAUGCCUCCAAAAAGUAGUUACCGAAAAUUGUAUAUUUUAUCAGUCUGAACUAAAUGAAGAUGUACUUGAAAAGUUAUCUUUAGCUUUAGAACAGCAAGCAAUAUUAGCAUCAUUACAAACAGAAAUUUAUGUGGACGUAAUUUCUGAAAUAAUUAAUGGUAUUGAGAAAUGCAAUAAACAAAAAGAAACACAUGAAUAUAUAAAAAAACUUCUGACCAAAUCAAAAGAAGAUAAUAUAUCUUAUUUGCUGAAAUUUAAAAAAGUUAGUUUAAAUUCUGAAAUCAAAUUAAGUUCACCUCUUCCACCUUUGAAUAGUAAUGAAAUAUCAAUGUCCCCUGUACAAAAUAACAUGGAAACUGACACCAAAACAAAUUUUUUAUCCACUCUUAAUUCUGAUGUAAAUAUCUCUAAUGAAAAUUCAAAUAUUGAAAAAAGUAACAAUUGUAACACCAACCUACUCACCGAAAGUCAAACUCCUUUUGUCGACAAUAAUUGCAUCGAUCAUAAUGAUAAUAAAGACAUUUCAGAAAGUGAAAAUAAUAAUGAAUCAAUAAAUUGUCAGUAUUCUAAAGAAAAUUCUGGAUCUCCAAACAACCCCUCAUUAAAUGUUGAUGAUGAUGUUAGUCAUUUAAAUAAAGUAAAUGAUAAUGACACACCCCUAGAAAAUUCAUGUGAUAAAAAUGAUCCUGUUGUCGCAUCACUGAAUCAUCUUCAAAAUUUAGUUAAUCAUGUAUUAGAUAACAAUGAAAAAGUUAUUAAACAGAAAAAAGAAGAAAAAGAAAGGGCGUACAUAGCACAUAUUCUCGAAGGUGACGAUAGUUUAGACGAUGACGAAUUUGAGAUUUUUAGUGACAUUGAAAACGACACCAAAGAAAAUAUAAAUGAUAAUAAUUUAAUGAAUAGAUUAGAAAAAAUGAAAGAAUUAUUUGGAAUCGAAGAAAAUCAAAAUAUUAAAGAAAAUCCUGAAUUGCCUCCUGUAAAUAAUACCCGAUCGAAACCCCGUCAUCGGGGAGCUUUCGUUUGGAAACACGAAAAAAUAAUACAGCAAUAUAAAUACGCGAUGAUAGCAUCGGAAAUGUCUUACGCUAGACAGAUAACGAACAAAAGACUUUUUUUAAAAUUUUUCGGUGAUGAUAGCGAUGAAGAAAACGAAGGAGAUUACAUGAUUGAAGAAAAAUAUAAAAAUAGUUGCACCGAAAGAAUUUCCUCGUGGGUCGUCAAACAUUUAAUGCCUUUUUAUAAAGAAAAAAGAAUCGUUGGAAGAAACGUAUUUAAAACUUUAGGUCAUCACAUAUCCGAAAGAAUCGUUAAUGAAAUUCAAUAUCCCGAUGAAUGGACUGUUAAAUAUUUUGUUUUAAAAUUUUUCCCACCGAAAAAAAAAUACAUUACAAACAAUGAUGUUUUUAGUUAA